AAUUAAUACUCGUAUCUAAAAUAUUAUCGACCAGUAUCUGGAGUAUUUUUUCCCAUGGUCGGAUAGUGGGCACAUGGCUGGUUGCGUAGUUGCGUUUCGUACGAAGGCCGAGUGUCCAUGGGACGCUCCCACAUGGUCGAGCUGAAUCCGCGUUUUAAUACACAAAUAACGUCUGCCGCAGCAAAGUUUUUGUGAUAAAAACAAAAAUAACAGAUCCUUCCCCUCUUAUGAGAACAACAGCUCAACUGAACUGAAGUGUUUCCUUCAUGCCCAUUCAUCCAGUUCUUGAAGUUGGGGGCUUUGGUUUUCUUGAAGGUGUGGACAAAAUAAGCCCCUGAAGUUGUUUCUAACUUCCUCUUUGAGUAACUCGAGAAAGGAAAUGGAAUAUUUUAAAGAAGCAUUUCUGUCGGUGUGAAGGCUAAAGAUGCAAAGGGUAAGAGUGUCGUCUGAACAAUCUCCAGUGCAUAAAUUGGGGGAUUCCAAUAUGACAUUGUCCCCCAAAUUCAGGAUAGCCAAACUAGGAUCCUCUCUGCUAGAUGGUUCUUCUAGGGACAAUGAAUUGGCUAUGAACGGAGAAGCCCUGAUUCCCGGACUCCCAGAUGACUUGGCUCUCAAUUGCCUCCUCCGGGUCCCAGUUGACAACCAUCUUUCCUGUAGGGCCGUGAGUAAGCGGUGGUAUUUGCUCUUCGGACACAAGGACAGGUUCUUCUCUAGGAGAAAAGAACUCUCCUUUCACGACCCGUGGCUUUUCGUUAUGGCCUUUCACAAACACACUGGGAAAAUCCAAUGGAAGGUGCUUGACCUAACCAACUUUUCUUGGCAUACAAUCCCGUCUAUGCCAUGCAAAGAAAACGCUGCCGCACAUGGCUUCCGUUGUGUCUCCCUUCCCCAUGAGGGUGUAAUGUUUGUUUGUGGUGGGUUAGUCUCCGAUACAGAUCAUCCGCUUAAUUUAGUACUCCGAUAUGAGCUCCAGACUAACCGUUGGACUGUCAUGAAAAGUAUGAUCACUCCACGGUCCUUUUUUGGGAUCGGACUUAUCAAUGGGAUGAUUUAUGUCGCUGGCGGAAAUGGAGCGGAGCUAUUCGAGCUCAACUCAGCUGAAGUCCUAAACCCUAAUAAUGGGACAUGGAAACCCGUUUCAAGCAUCGGAAUGUAUCUUUCCUCGUACGAUUCGGCUGUUAUGAACGGGAAGCUUUUCAUAACUGAAGGCUGGUUUUGGCCUUUUUAUGUUGUUCCUAUGGGACAAGCAUAUGACCCGAAAACCGAUACUUGGGAGAGUAUACCUUCUGGACUUAGAGAAGGUUGGACCGGUUCGAGUGUUGUGAUCGAAGGUCACCUGUUUGUUGUUACGGAACAUGAAAAAGCAAAAGUUAAGGUAUACUACUUUGAGACGGAUACUUGGGACAGGGUCGAUGGGCUUGCAUUGCCAGAGCAGAUAUACAAACCCUUCUGUGUCAGUUGUUACGACAAUAGGAUAAUCGUUGUAGGUCAGAACCUUAAGGUUGCCGUCGGACUUAUUAUGAAGCGACUUAAGGAUUGUGGUAAAGAGUUUUGCUUCAGUGUGCAGUGGCAAGUUGUGGAUAAAGCACCCGACAGCCUAUCUGAAUUAUCACCAUCAAGUGCACAGGUUCUCUUUGGUUAGGUCCCUUUGGUUCUGGCUAAUUUAGCUUCUUAAGCUUAACAACUGAGUAAGUAGCUUCUGACUUGUAUUAAAAGGAUAUUAUCAGAUGUUUUUCCGAUCAGAAAAAGCAGAUAAAGCCAUUCCAAUCAAAG